UCAGGUCAAUUCAGCGAAGAUAUGAUUCCUACUGUGGGCUUCAACAUGAGGAAAGUUACAAAGGGUAAUGUUACAAUAAAGAUUUGGGAUAUAGGAGGGCAGCCCCGAUUCCGGAGCAUGUGGGAGCGAUAUUGCAGAGGAGUUAAUGCUAUUGUCUACAUGGUAGAUGCUGCAGAUCGUGACAAAAUAGAAGCCUCUCGAAAUGAGCUGCACAAUCUUCUAGAUAAGCCCCAGUUACAAGGAAUCCCUGUUCUAGUACUUGGAAAUAAGAGAGACCUUCCUAAUGCUUUGGAUGAGAAACAGCUAAUUGAAAAGAUGAACCUUGCUGCUAUUCAGGACAGAGAAAUCUGCUGCUACUCAAUUUCUUGCAAAGAGAAAGAUAAUAUAGAUAUCACGCUUCAGUGGCUUAUUCAGCAUUCAAAAUCUAGAAGAAGCUGAAGUCUUCCUGGAAUCUCCAGUACCAGUUGGCCAUAAUCUCAAUUGUCCACUUCCCUCCAUAAUGAGAUACUACCCAAAAAUCCUGUAUCAAGAAUCUGCCUUUUCACGGUUCAUCUCUCAUGUGCACUGCUGAAGACUUGUAUUCCUAUUCUGUCACAAAACAACUAGAGUUGUCAUGAUAAAGUCAGCACAAAUAUUUAUUUUACAACCAUCUGUGGUGGGAGGGUUGUGGGGGGGGCUUUUUAAAGAAAUAUCUCUACCAUGUUAACUACGAUGGUACACUCUGUUCUGGUUUUUCAGGGCCAGGUUUUUAUAUGAUUUUCAGCAAGUGUUUUAUUUCUAGUGUUUAGUGGCUUGAAGAUGCUGAUGCUUGACAGCAUUAAGAUUCUGUAAGAUGCCACAUACAGUAGUUAGAAAACAUUUAAGCGUGAGUUGUGGGAUACUGAUUGAUCUCACAAAUGCAUGUGAUGUGUGUAUGUAAGCAGAGAAGUGGAACCUGUUUGCAGAGGGGAGCACAAGGCAUAGAUCAGCAUCACUGUUCUACAGCUGAGAUCCUGUCACUUGAAAGAGAAAACUCUUGAUGAAUUAGGAAAGUCAUCUGUUUAAAAUCAUUCUGUUGCUUCUGUUUAACAUUUAUGUGGGGGAUGGGAAUGGACUGUUCUGUCAAAACUUUCAAAAAUUGGAGUAUUCCAGCAUGAAAACAUGAAAACAAAUCGCUAGGAACAUCAGGCUUUGUUCAAAUACAUUUUUCUAUCUCCAGAUACUCGUGGUCUCUCUCUGAAACCAGAACAUGCAUUCUGAGCAGCUGCAUGACACCCAAAUUACUGAUGCUCUUGUAUCGAGGCAGUUGUUGACCUUUAGCACAAUGUGUGUGUAAUUGUCAGUGUCUCUCCUGCUCCUGGAAUGGCUGGGCACAGUUUCACCUGGUGCUAUGGAAUACCUGGGCUAUUGUGACAACUCUAGACCCGCCUGCUUUCUCCAUGUAACCAUGUGCAAAGCCUGUCAGAUGCAAUGAAAUGUUUUGCUGUGUCAAAGCACAAGAGAGCCAAUGAAUCGAUCCUGUCUCUUGACUAGCUCCCGCAGCUUAGGGAAGUGUAUAAACCCAAGAUUGUAAUGUUUCUGUAGCUUUACUUUCUCAGUGACUUCAGCAUAUUUAAAGGGACAGCCGUGCUCAGACUGGUUUGUUCAUCCAGCAGUGUCAGUGUAGCUCCUGGUGUGUGCAGAUCCAUGGUGCAGCUGCUUGUGUAGCCUCACACUGUGUGUGAUUCCUCUCCUCCGUGUGGUUUGCAUCCCGUGGGAGCCCCUGGCUGGGAGCAGUUCAGUCCCCCUCACUUGUGACAAGCCGGUGUUCAUGCAGACUGCCAUGGCCUUGCUGUCGUGUCCCAGCUCUGGCACUGCUGCACAGACACUACACGCUGCCUGCCUUCAGUCUGAAGCUGCAUUUUAACUUUUUGUCCCCUUUCAGUUCUCUGAAGCAUGAGUUCAGUUAAUCCAUACUCUGGUGCUGUAGAGGAGAGGGUGUAUUAACUUGCUACUGUAGUCCCGAGUUCACCAGAACUGCUACAGUUACUUUUAUUUAGCAAAUUUGCUUGUGCCUAUAAUAAGGAAACUAAACUAGAAUGUGUGAAUCUUUGUGGGGGACCAGGUCACUGUUUAGUUAACUGGCCUGUAGCUAAACUUGAUGUGUUUGGUGUUUAUCUACUUCACUGCUUUCAGCGUUUCUGGCAUCCAAACACUACCAAUUGUUAACCUGUGCAUUACUCUCUGCAUGUGAACAACUUACACAAUUACUGAACUUUGUAAAUACGUGAAUUUUUUUAUUUAGGUGGAUGCAUAUGUUGGUUUACUGCUCUUCAGCUUUAUUCAAUAAACUUAUGUUUUGAGGGUUGUAUUGACACUUAACUGCCUGACUUGAGUUGGUGUGGCUGAACUUAUGGAAAAACACAAUGGGAUGUCUGUCUGCUCUGCCAAAGAUUACAGUGGGGGAAGAAGGAUUGAUAAACACCUGAGUUGAUUUAUAUUCUGUGAUUCAGCUAUUCCAGUGAAAUGCUCACAAAACUACCUUUGAGGCCUGGGGUUUGCUCACCUUACCUGAGCAAGCUCAGAUAAUCAGUCUGAGCAGAUUUCAGGGCUUUUUUCAGUGUGUGAAAAGCACUGGUCAGCUGCAGGGUCUGAAGGAGGGGCUGCCUUCUGGAGCUCUGUUUUCAGGAGAGAAAUGCAUGUAUCUGCAAACUUGGUUCUUGUGUCAAGCCUAGAGUAAAACCUUUGUUUUUCUAGCACAAGUGUCAGAUCUUGCAGUGCCUGAUCAUUCACUGCCAAUUAAAGGAGGAAGAUUCUUAUCUCAGUAGAAAAGUGAGGCUUUUGUUGACUGAGGUCUUGAACGAAAUCUUAGCUGUGAUUUUAAUCUCAAGUUUCACUGACUAUUUAUCCCAAAGGUUUUUAUUGUAUUAAUUUCUCUUAGGACACUGAUUAAUUUGUAGGAUUGUCUAUCAGCAUCUUCCAAUUAAUGGUAAGAAAUUGGAUGUCUUGUUUCAGGCUUGUCUCCAUGUAAGCUUUCAGACUUGCUGAGCUGUAUCAGGUUAGAGUUUAGUCCUGAGUGCAGGUCUUUGAGCAUCCUUCAUGUGUAACUCAGCUGGGAAGGACUAGUGAACUGUUCAAGAUCCUGGGCAUAUUUCUUGGGGAGUUUCCUGCAUGCAGAACAAACUCCCUGCAGUUCAUAGUCAAAGUAAAAUGUUUCUAGACACAAAUCUGAAAACAGUGUUAGUGCACUCAGCCUUGCCAGCCUGUAAAUCAGCUGUGGUAUGAACUGGCCCCCAGCUCUUUGCUUGAUGUGGUUUUUCAGUGCCAGUUUUGUUUCUAGGUGUAAAUAGCAGGGAGAGACACAGGGCCCCCCCUAUGGUGUGUGUGCUCUAAAAUGUGCAUUUGCCAUACUGCCCAAAAUGCUGUUUCACAGCUGUUCUGGUACUGUUGUUGGUUACUCCUGUGGCAGGAAGGAGAGCUCAGAGUGGCUGUUUGAUUCCAGUGUUUCUGCUUCUGGUACCUUUCCUUUGAAACAAGGGAAGUGGAGGAAGUGUUUCCUUCUCCACACCUUUCAGCCUUGGACUGAAAACAAUACUAAUCUGACACUUUGUGUCCAAGGUUAAAUCUUUUCUGGCCUAAUAAAGGUGUGGAGUUCCAGCAGUAGCAGUGGUGUUUGCUGAACUUGGUUGCUGUAGCUGUGUUCUAGAAAUGUAAUCUCACCAUGAUUGCUUGUCUCAGGGUCUGUAGUGAGCAUGGACAGUAAAAAGAGGCUGAUUAAAUUUCCCAUUCUCUUCACAAAAGUUGCUUUUGGGGAUGCAUUUUAGUUUCAUAAAUUACUGCAUUUGAUAUCAAUAGCCAUAGCCCUGAAACUCCUCUGAUGCAGGACUUGACUGUUGGCAUGUUAAGAAAAGCAGCUCUGGUGAAAAGGCAGACCCUGAGCCAGAGAGAACUCGUGGUGGGGAAUACCUGGAGGUUGGGAUGGUGAUUCCUUGAAGUUCCUUACAGAGCAGGGGAGUUCCCAUCACCCAGGGCCAGCUGAGGGGCUGGGCAGCUGCACAGAGCAGCUCUGUCCUACUUGGAAACAGGGAAGAUGCACAAAUGUGGAGCUGUUCCAUGAUCCCUGGAACCCAUAAUCUAAUUUCUCAGUGAUUUAUGUUUUCUCUUUGCAUUGUGAUAGAAACAGGUUGGAAAGAUUUUUGGGUGCUGACAUAUCAAACUGCAUAAUCUUCACUUUCUGGUAGAAGAAAAGGCCAAAGAAAAUGCCUUAAACAGUCUCUGUGUUGAAUCUAGGAAUGUUGUGCAGGGAUCUGUAAUAACCUGAGGUAUGGCUUAGCAGGAUUAUCAAGCUUUUAACUCGCCUGAGGUUUCCUUUGUCGUUGCUGUGGCUGUGCAAUGGCCCGUCCUGGUUUGCUUUGUGCUCCCCCAGCAUGCAGCACUGCUCCCCUGCCUUGCUCCUGCACUGACCCUGAGGAGUGUGCAUCCCAAAAAGGGCUGGGCAGCAGGACAUUGAUUUAGCUGUUUCUGAGCUGACACGGACAGUGAAUCGUGUUAAAGGAGAAGUCAUGUGUGAGUGCCUGAGCUUCAGGGCUUCAGUUCCCAAAAUGUGAGUGCAGAACAGCUUGUGUCACCAGGCCAGGACCCUUCAGAGUGCUCUGCUGCUUUAGGGCUGCAGCUGCUGGAUGUUCCCCUGUGUCCUGGUGAAACAGAGGGGUUUUCUCUGUCACUCCAAUGGCAAACACCAAUGGCACUCAGAGGGGCUUUGCACAUACUCUUUAAAAGGAGAAGUGAAAUACUUGAUGUUUUUAUUUCCCUCCCAGUGGAAGGUGGGUAAGUAGACCUUUGUGCCAGGAUUAGUGCCUUUUAAUUAUGACAUGACAGGUUUUAUUCUGUUAAAGGCAACAUCUAUCAUUGUGAUAAUUUUGAAGUGCUUCAAUAAAGUGUUGUUGA